AGGCUUCUCGCUAGUCCACGCAGCUUUUUCAUUGAGCUCAGAGAACCGCAGAGAAGAUGGCGGCGCUACGAGUUGUGGUGCUAUCGGGGAGUGGGAGAGCCCUCCUCGGCACACCGAAAGCUAUCAAGACCCCCGUGGCCAACAUGUCCUUCGCCAGCCUGCCUCGAAACAAGAAGGUUGCCCUGACGACACUAGGUGUGGUUACAGCUGGCGGGGCAGGGCUCGCGCUGAUGCUGCACCAAGCCGUUAAAGCCUCUGACCUUGAGCUCCACCCCCCUAACUACCCCUGGAGCCACGCUGGACCUCUUUCCUCUCUGGACCACGCUAGUAUUCGUCGUGGUUACCAGGUGUAUAAGCAAGUGUGUUCGGCCUGCCACAGUAUGGAGUACCUGGCCUUCAGAAACCUGGUGGGAGUGUCGCAUACGGAGGCUGAGGUUAAGGCCAUCGCUGAGGAGAUUGAGGUUGUGGACGGACCUGAUGAGAGUGGAGAGAUGUUCACCCGGCCAGGAAAGCUGUCGGACUACUUCCCAAAGCCCUAUCCCAACGCUGAGGCAGCUCGGGUCGCCAAUAACGGAGCCCUGCCUCCAGACCUCAGCUACAUUGUCAAUGCCAGACAUGGAGGAGAGGAUUACGUGUUCAGCCUGCUGACAGGAUACUGCGAACCUCCAGCAGGAGUGACGGUGAGAGAGGGACUCUACUACAACCCAUACUUCCCUGGCCAGGCCAUCGGCAUGGCUCCACCCAUCUACAACGAGGUGCUGGAGUAUGACGAUGGAACUCCUGCCACCAUGAGCCAGGUCGCUAAAGAUGUAUGUACGUUCUUGAGGUGGGCUGCCGAGCCAGAGCACGACCAACGCAAACGCAUGGGACUGAAGUUGCUGCUGGGCUCCGGCAUCCUCAUCCCUCUGAUCUACUAUAUGAAGAGACACAGGUGGUCUGUGCUGAAGAGCAGGAAGAUCGCCUACAGGCCUCCAAAGUAAACUGAAACAAACACCCCUACCUGGGCCUAAAUCUACCAGAGAGGGGCUGCGUUCAACGACCCCACAACGCUCACCUCACGAUGAUUAUACGGACUAAGAACAACUGACAACCACACACGCCUUUCCAAGAGGGGGUAGAGAAAUGAGAGUAUAUAUUAUGUUUAUUCUUACAGAACAAUGCCUGUUUUUAGUUGUUGGCGUGGUAGAACCAUUUGUGUGACAGACUCUUCUUUAUCUGGAAUACUGUGGUGCAAGUGUGUUUGAGAGUUGUGGCGUUCUUGAACGCACCCCUCACAAAGUUUGUUUGAUCUGCAUCGAGUCAUCGCUGGCAGCAGUUCAGGUCUCGACAUCUCGUAUCAGACACUUUGUCACAAUCGACUGAGAAGUCAGUUAACUGCCCAUCUUUGUAAGAUAUUCAAUAGUCACACAAACGCUGAGAAAAGGUUGCCGUCAGAUUGUGUAACAUCAUCCUGGGUGUGUGUUAAUCCAUCCUCCCCUGUCCUCACCACAAAAAACUCAGUGGAUGCAAUGCAACCUCUGAAUCUCUGUUUUACUGUACAAAAUAAAUUAUCUUAAAGGAAA